AUCAGCUUUAGUUAUUGCAGAUGAAUUUAUUAAUAGUGCACUUUCAACAUAUAGAGCUAAACAUAAGAUGACAUCAGCAAAAAAACAAAAUGAAUGUGGAUUUAUAUGUUCAGCUGUUGGCUUAUAUGCUGUUGCUGCUGAAGUUAAAAAUCAUAUGGGAGAUAAAGAAUCAUCUCAUAAUUAUCUUGAAUUAAUUCAAUCACAAUUUUCUCAUUCAUGUUUUUCACCUAACACACCAAGUGAAUUAUUUUAUGGUCGCGCGGGAUUCCUUUAUACUCAAAAAUUUAUUUCGAGUUUAAUUGAUCCCUCAAAAGAAAUUCCUACUUCCUCAUUAAUUAAAUCAGUCUUUGAUGCAAUUAUUGAAGAUGGAAUUCUAAAUGCUGCAAUCACUUCUUCCAAUUUUACUUCAAAUUAUUAUAAUACUGAAAAGGAACAACAGAUUCCAUUAUUUUGGUCAUUUUUUGAUAAACCUUAUGUUGGAGCUGCUCAUGGUUUCGCGGGAAUUCUUACCACAUUAUUACAAUUUCCCGAAAAUUGUCGAGAAUAUUAUAAACGAGUUAAAGAAACGGUGGAUUUCAUUUUAUUUAAUUGUCGUUCACCAAAUGGUAAUUGGCCAUCAAAUUUGAAUAAAGGUGAGAAUGAUUUGAUACAAUUCUGUCAUGGUGCUCCUGGAAUAUGUUUAUUGGCUUGUAAAGCUUAUGAAUAUUAUAAAGAAGAAAAAUAUUUGAAACUUGCGAUGGAAACUGCAAAUUAUGUUUAUUCUCAAGGAUAUGGUCAUAAAGGAACGGGACUUUGUCACGGAAUUUCUGGAAAUGCAUAUGUAUUCCUCUCGGUAUAUCUGCUUACCAAAGAUCUUCAAUACUUUCAAUGGGCACUAGAAUAUGCUGAAGUUUGUACUCAAUGGGAAGAACGUACACUUAAUAAAGAAUUUAGACUUCCUGAUAGACCGUGGUCUCUUUGGGAAGGUCUUGGUGGUGCAGUUUGGUAA